GUUUCCAGAAACAUUGCUCUGCACAGUCUGGAUAAAGACUUGAUUUUUGAUUAGCAUGGCUUCUAUCGCCAUAUAUUGCACACUCUGAUAUGACUCUUCGAUAGCUACCGCGGAACUUGUUGUCGCGAAAGCGUCGUCUCUUACUGCAGCCCGCACCGAGAAGAAUGAGGAAUGAUACCCUCUCUCUUUCCAUCUCUGGCUUUCCUAUUCAAUACAUAGCAAUAGAAAGCUACGGCUGUCUUGAAGCCUGUCAUCGUCUUGAAAUAUAGACUGGCAAGCAGACAUUAUUCAUCCAGGCCAUGUCUUACAACGCAAAGAACCUCGCUUAUGAGGCAAAAGAGCCAGCGUUCUUGCAGCGCCUCAGAGGUCAAUACGGAACAGCAGUUGGAGGUCUGGAGCGCCCAAUCUCCCAACGACCCCGCAGGCCACGAGACGAUAACGACGAUGACGCCCCUACAUACGUUGAUGCGGAAAGCAAUGAAGUAAUAUCGAAGGAAGAAUACGCGGCCAUGGUCGGUAGCAGUGAUAAUCAAGCGGAUCCGUCCGAGAAAGAUGACGAGGGCGAGGAGAAAACAGGGGGUAAAGCGGUUAGAGAUGAAGCAAACACCAAGCAAGAAAAGGAGGCUCCUCUAACAUCAAAGCAAAACCUGGCCGAGAUAGGAGGACCCAGGAAAAGAAAGCAAGCAAGAGUUAUUGGCGAAGACGUCCAAGAAGCGGAGAGGGAAGAUACCCGGUCGAAGGAUUCAGCUCCUCGAAAGCCAAAGCAGAAAAAGAAGAAAAUAAAGCUUUCCUUUGAGGAGUGAUUUAAUUGCUCUUCUCUGUCAUGUAUAUAUAUGUAUGAGCUCUAGUAAUCGAUGUCUUAUAUAUGUGUUGAGCCG